AUGAGAUGUAACAUGGAAAGCAUAUCAGCUGCAGAGAAAUGUGCUCAUCAUAUAAAGCAACCAAAAAAAAAAAUGGCUUGUACUGCUGCGGCUGCUGUUGUAUAUUCUGUUUAUGAUAAUUACGAUCUUCUUGCUCUCUCUUUCUUACUCUAUCCCAUCUACUCUUACUUUCUUUUUCUUUCUUUCUCUCCCACACACUUUUCUUUCUAUCACUCUCCUUUUUAUCUCCCCACCUCAUCUCUUUCCCUACUGUUUCUCUAUCUUCCUCCUCCACCUCCUUUUAUUUCUCUCCCUUCAUGUCUUUUCUCUCUAUUUUUUCUUUUUCUUUCGUUCUCCCUACUGUUUUGUCUCUCUCCUUCCCUUGUUCUUCUUAUUAUUCCUUUCUUUCCAAUCCUGUCUUUUUUCUUUUUCUUUCUUUCAUUCUCUCUCUCCCUCUCACUUCUUCUUCAUCCUCAUUCAUUGAUUUUCUCUCUAUUUCUUUUCUUCUGUUUUUCUCUCCCCUCCUCUUUUCCUGUCCUUUUCUCUCUACCUUUCAUUCUCUUCCCUGCUCUCUUUCUAUUGCCUUCACACUAUUUUCUUCAUUCCUUCCUCUCUCUCUGCUUUUUAUCUCUAUCAUUCAAAUCCUGUGCUUUUCUUUUUCUCUCUCUAUUCUUUACUCCUUCUCCACACUGUUUCUCUCUCCCACCCUCCUCUUUCUAUUCCUUCUUCUUUUUCUCUCCUCUUUCUUUCUAUAUCCCUCUCCCUCUUCUUUUUAUCCCUCUCUUUCAAACCCUGUCUUUUUUCUCCACCUUUCUCUCUCUUCUUCCCUCUUUCUCCCCACUGUUUCUCUCUCCCACCCUUCUCUUUCUAUCGCUUUUUUCUCUCUUUCUCUCCUCUCUCUUACGUGACUUAAAGCCCACUUCCAUUUCUGCUUCAGAUCCAGCAUAG